GUAUAGAAUGUCGCAGGAUAAGCAAAAAAUUGCCAAGUUCCAUCACGAUCUGCAGAACAAUGAGGUGCGCACCAUGCACUACUUGGGCCUGGCCUAUUUGGUAUUGGCACGCACGCCUGAAUUGCAGGUGAAGGUGCCGUUGUCCACACUAAACUAUGAGGACGGCGACGAUGUGGGCUUUGCCGUCCAGGUGGUGUUCACCUGUCCACCCAACUAUCCGCUGCUGAAACCGAAAGUAGACAUUGUCGAGAAGCGCAACCUGCCUAUGGGCAUGGAAACGGCUAUGCGCGAGGAGAUCACAGUGACGUUGGAGCAGCAUGUGGGGCUGCAGAUGAUGGUGCCGGUGGUGACGCGACUGCAAAUGCUGAUGAACGGUGCACUGCGGCGUUUGCCGGCGCCGCGUUCAGCAUGAAAAGUGACUUUAAAUUCGUUUCAAGUUUGUUUGGGCUUACUUUUGUGCGCAGGACAUUUAAGCCAAACACACUCACACACACACACACACACACACACAUGUGGUGCUUUUUUAGCCAGUAAAUGUUGAGUGCACGAGGAAA